AUGGUGAAGUCAUCGUCGUGCUGUGAGAAACUAGGAGGGUUAAAGAAAGGACCAUGGACUCCUGAAGAAGACCAGAAGCUGGUGGCUUAUAUUCAUCAACGUGGCCAAGGAAGCUGGUCUUCCUUGCCAGCAAAAGCUGGGCUUCGGAGAUGUGGGAAGAGCUGCAGAUUGAGGUGGACUAAUUACUUAAGACCUGAUAUAAAACGAGGCAAGUUCAGUUUGAAGGAAGAUCAAAUCAUUAUUCAACUUCACGCUCUUCUUGGAAACAGGUAA